UGGCUCAGCAUAGCCUCGCUCACAAGCCUAGAGGCUGGCAGCUUGCUGCUAGGGUCCCAUGUGGCUUGCUUAGGAGGCCAACUUUCACUCUUUUGUCAGGGUUAAGAAGAAACAGCUUUGGGUAUCCUGUGAUCAGCACCAUGUCACCUAUGAUGUAUCACUGUGAUCAAAGCAAAGUAUGAGACUUGUGCAGAUUCAAGGGGUGAAAACUCAGAUUCUGCCUCCUGUUGGGAGGCCUGUCAAAGACUCGGUGACCCUUUUCAGUCCACUGCAGAGUGCUACCUCUCCUCACAAAGCCAUUUUUGAUGCAAACCCCCUUUUGUGUCACCACUCCAAGCCCCUCCCCCCUAUCCUUCUGAUACUUUAAAUAAUAAUCUCUCAUUUUACACCAUGCAAAGCUUCAUUCACCCACUCAACAAAUAUUUACUGUGUGCCAGGGACUGCCUGGGGAACAAAACAAAGUCCCUGUUCUAUGAAUCUAGAAGUCCAGAGCAGAGACAAUCGAGAGACGGACAAGAGCAGUGUUGAACUGUUCUGAACAAUAGGUUUGGAGACAACAGGGUAAGCAGGCAAGGAGCCUAGAUGGGAGCACACUCAGCAGGGCAAUGGGUGGCUCGGGUUUCAAAGUAGUCAGCUGACAUUACCGAAGUGACAACUAACAUGGGGCCGAAGAAAAAGUGCUAGAGGUGACACAGAGACAUAAUCCCUUCUAAUUUUAAGUGCAGAAAAACACUAUAGGUUGGCUAUUGUGACAUAAUCUGUAAUCCCAGCACCAGAAGAUGGAAGUAGAAAGAGCUGGAGUUCAAGGCUAUCCUCAGCUACACAGAAAGUUUUAGUACAGCCUGGGCUACAUGAAACUAUAUCUCAAACAAACAAACAAACAAACAAGAACGAAACAAAAUAAAACUAGAGCUAGAGGGAUCCCUCAGUGGUUAAGAGCACUUGUCUUUGGAAAGGUCCUAGAUUCUAUUCCCACACCAACAUGGUGGCUGGCUCACGACUAUCUCUAAUUUCAGAAGAGAUCCAAUACCCUCUUCUGACCUCCACGUGCACCAGGCAUGUGUGUGAUACCCAUAUAUACAUUCAAGGAAAACACACAAGUACAAUAAAAUAAAUAAAUCUGGGAGAGAAAAAAAAACCCCCAAACAUAACCACCACUACUAGUUCAAAUCCAAGUUUAAUACACUUCAUUAAAAAAAACAAUAAAAAAGAAACACUAAAAUAUGGCAAAAUCUCGACAACUCAAAGCGUUUUAUUAUACCUGAGUAAAUUACAGCUCCCAGGUAUGUAGUGGUUGGUGGUUCUGUGUUCACCUUUCACUGCCUGUCCUGCUUGCUCGUUGGCUUGUGGUCGAAGAUCAAAAUGACACCAUUAAAAAUGAAAGUUCCCCGCUUCUGGUUUCAUUUCCUACCGCAAGGAUGCCAGUGAUUUUUUUCCUUUUUUUUUUUCAGAGAUCACAAAUCAGUCACCACUUCCUGCUUAAGACUCUCCGUAGGGUUGCUGCACAAAAACAAACUCAGGGAAACUAGGCACGGCUCGGAAGGACAGGGCCACCUGCUUGAUUCAGGCAAAGGUGUCCCCCCAGUCUCACGUUUCGUGGUAAGUUCCGCGCUGGAACUGGCUCUUAAGCCAGCAGCCAUCCACAGUGGCUCUCCCGUUCUGGCCCUCCUGUCCACCCAGUGUCCCCGAAAGGCUUCCCCAGUCUUAAGAUCUACAGGGGCUGCGGGAAGGGGCUGGAAUGUGAGUGGCCCCAGGCACUCCUAAACGAUCUUUCGGACCGUCUUCAGAGAUCCAUUAAAAUACUCUCUGUGCCUCAGUUUCCCCAUCUACAGAAAGCCCAUGAACCUCUAUUGAAGCGGUGAAGCCUGGAGAAGAUCAGGGCCGGCGUGUGUGCGGCUAAGGAUCUCCUGUGACCGUGAGGGACCCAGGCCUAGUCCGCAGACCCUGGGGCGGCCACAGGGGCCACCUCGUCAUCCCGGAACAGCGCUAUCCGCGGACGACGCCACGCCCGCACAGCUGGGAUACACUUUACUAGGAGCCGGGCGCGCCGGACUGCUCUGCGCAGGCGCGGUCCGCACUGCGCAGGCGUAGAGCUCUGCGCUGAGGUGAGGCAUUGCGCGCCGCGAGGUGUGGGCGCGCGCUCCCCAGCCACGGCGCACGCGCGGGCCCGCGCCGACUCAGCACGGCCCGAGGGCGCGAGCCCGCCGUCACCGCUACCGCCGCCGGCCGGACCGCCGUGCGCCCGGCGUGCGCGUGGGAGAGAGCACGGCUGCCGGUGCCGGCGCCGCCCCGCUGCCUUCUAUCUGCCUCAGCCUCGCGCGCCCAGUGGUGGCCGGUCUCUGGGCUACAAUGUAAAGAGGAAACAGAUACUAGGAAUAUUUUUUAGAACAGCUAUUUGAUUUCUUCUCAAAGUCACUGCUGCCUUCUGAGUUUUCCUCUUGCUCCUGUGAGUAAGGGGAGGAAUCUGUUCUAUGUCUGCCUGUGCCAGAUGUGAGAGCUCUGUGUCAUCUGUGGUAUCAUGCCUGUUUGACCCAAGACAAGGUCUCACUAUGAAGCACUGACUGACCUGGAACUUGUUAUGUAGACUAGGCUGGUUUAUAACCCAAGAGAUCUUCCUGACCACGCCUAGGAAUGAAGUUUUUAAAUUCUUGUCAUAAAGUAGUUAGCGCCUUCUCCAGCUUCCUGCAGCAUGACAGAAGAGAGAUACAGCAGUUGUUUCAAAGCUGGCAGGGAGGUGAACAGUGGUCCUACCAGCACUUUUGGGAGAUUGUUGUACUAGGAAGCUGCUUGUUUGUUGUCUUUGCUUUCAGAAGAUUGCGGAAGCAGAAGAUUCAGUAACUGAGAGGCCACCGUGGAGCUGCUGGAAACUGUUACAGAAGGAGCACCUCUCAAACCGUGCUUCAGGCUCUGAGAAAAGGAGCACAGGGGAAAUUAGUCUUGCUUUGGAUCCAAGCAAAUGCUGUCGGAGCAAUGAACUGGGACUUUGUGUGCGGACUCCUGGCUUGAUCUUGAUAGGAUUGGGUGUAUGUUGUUGGAACGGGCAGGCCAAGAGGCCCUGAGACCUACAGGUGCCGUCUGUAUGGAGAAAAGCGGCUGUAGUCCAUUUCCAGUGUGUUGGGCUAAAGAAUAUGACAGAUACCUAGCAUCUAGCAAAAGAAUGGCAGCUGCUUAUCUUGACCCAAACUUGAAUCACACACCAAGUUCGAGUACUAAGACUCACCUGGGUACUGGCAUGGAACGGUCCCCUGGUGCAAUGGAACGAGUAUUAAAGGUCUUUCAUUAUUUUGAAAGCAGUAGUGAGCCAACCACCUGGGCCAGUAUUAUCAGGCAUGGAGAUGCUACUGAUGUCAGGGGCAUCAUUCAGAAGAUAGUGGACAGUCACAAAGUAAAGCACGUGGCCUGCUAUGGAUUUCGCCUCAGUCACCUGCGAUCGGAGGAGGUGCACUGGCUGCACGUGGACAUGGGUGUCUCCAGUGUGAGGGAGAAAUAUGAACUCGCCCACCCACCAGAGGAGUGGAAAUAUGAGUUGAGAAUUCGUUACUUGCCAAAAGGAUUUCUAAACCAGUUUACUGAAGAUAAGCCAACAUUGAAUUUCUUCUAUCAACAGGUGAAGAGUGACUACAUGCAAGAAAUAGCUGAUCAAGUAGACCAAGAAAUAGCUUUGAAGUUGGGUUGUUUGGAAAUUAGGCGAUCCUAUUGGGAGAUGAGGGGUAAUGCCCUAGAGAAGAAGUCCAACUAUGAAGUAUUAGAAAAAGAUGUUGGUUUAAAGCGAUUUUUUCCUAAGAGUUUACUGGAUUCUGUCAAGGCCAAAACACUAAGAAAGCUGAUCCAGCAAACAUUCAGGCAGUUUGCCAACCUUAAUAGAGAAGAAAGCAUCCUGAAAUUCUUUGAGAUUCUUUCUCCUGUGUACAGAUUUGACAAAGAGUGCUUCAAGUGUGCCCUUGGGUCAAGUUGGAUCAUUUCUGUGGAAUUGGCAAUCGGCCCAGAAGAAGGGAUCAGUUACCUGACAGACAAAGGCUGCAAUCCCACACACCUAGCAGACUUUAACCAAGUGCAGACCAUCCAGUACUCAAACAGUGAAGACAAAGACAGGAAAGGAAUGCUACAACUCAAAAUCGCUGGUGCUCCUGAGCCUCUGACCGUGACGGCACCAUCCCUAACCAUUGCCGAGAACAUGGCCGACCUGAUUGAUGGAUACUGCCGGCUGGUGAAUGGAGCCACACAAUCUUUCAUCAUCAGACCCCAGAAAGAAGGUGAACGGGCGUUGCCAUCAAUACCAAAGUUGGCCAACAGUGAAAAGCAAGGCAUGCGGACACAUGCAGUCUCUGUGUCAGGAGUCAGUCACUGCCAACAUAAAGUUAAGAAAGCUAGGCGCUUUCUCCCUUUGGUCUUCUGUUCUCUUGAACCUCCUCCAACGGAUGAAAUUAGUGGGGACGAGACAGAUGACUAUGCAGAGAUCAUCGAUGAGGAAGACACAUACACCAUGCCCUCGAAAAGCUAUGGAAUAGAUGAAGCCAGGGAUUAUGAGAUUCAGAGAGAAAGAAUAGAACUUGGACGCUGUAUUGGAGAAGGUCAGUUUGGAGAUGUACAUCAAGGCGUGUACCUGAGCCCAGAGAAUCCAGCUUUGGCUGUUGCAAUCAAAACAUGUAAAAACUGUACUUCGGACAGCGUGAGAGAGAAGUUCCUUCAAGAAGCCUUAACAAUGCGUCAGUUUGACCAUCCUCACAUCGUGAAGCUGAUUGGAGUCAUUACAGAGAACCCUGUCUGGAUAAUCAUGGAGUUGUGCACACUUGGAGAGCUGAGGUCAUUUUUGCAAGUAAGAAAAUACAGCUUGGACCUGGCAUCUUUGAUAUUAUAUGCCUAUCAGCUUAGUACAGCACUCGCGUAUCUGGAGAGCAAAAGAUUUGUUCACAGGGACAUUGCUGCUCGGAAUGUUCUGGUGUCUUCAAAUGAUUGUGUAAAAUUGGGAGACUUUGGAUUAUCUCGAUAUAUGGAAGACAGUACUUACUAUAAAGCUUCCAAAGGAAAAUUACCUAUUAAAUGGAUGGCUCCAGAGUCAAUCAAUUUUCGACGUUUUACCUCAGCUAGUGACGUGUGGAUGUUUGGUGUGUGUAUGUGGGAGAUACUGAUGCAUGGCGUGAAGCCUUUUCAAGGAGUGAAGAACAAUGAUGUGAUCGGUCGAAUUGAAAAUGGGGAAAGAUUACCAAUGCCUCCAAAUUGUCCUCCCACCCUCUACAGCCUUAUGACGAAAUGUUGGGCCUAUGACCCCAGCAGGCGGCCCAGGUUUACUGAACUAAAAGCUCAGCUCAGCACAAUCCUGGAGGAGGAGAAGGUGCAGCAAGAAGAACGGAUGAGGAUGGAAUCCAGAAGACAGGCUACCGUGUCCUGGGACUCUGGAGGGUCUGAUGAAGCACCACCCAAGCCCAGCAGACCUGGUUAUCCUAGCCCGAGAUCCAGUGAAGGAUUUUAUCCCAGCCCACAGCACAUGGUCCAGACCAAUCACUACCAGGUCUCUGGCUACCCGGGUUCCCAUGGAAUCCCAGCCAUGGCUGGCAGCAUUUACCAAGGUCAGGCAUCUCUUCUGGACCAGACAGAAUUGUGGAAUCACAGACCUCAGGAGAUGUCCAUGUGGCAGCCCAGUGUGGAGGAUUCGGCAGCUUUGGACCUUCGAGGGAUGGGACAGGUGCUUCCCCCUCACCUGAUGGAAGAGCGGCUAAUCCGACAGCAGCAGGAAAUGGAAGAAGACCAGCGCUGGCUGGAGAAGGAAGAGCGAUUCCUGAAACCUGAUGUGAGGCUCUCUCGAGGCAGCAUCGACAGGGAAGACGGGAGUUUUCAGGGUCCGACUGGAAACCAACACAUCUAUCAGCCUGUGGGGAAGCCAGAUCCUGCAGCUCCACCAAAGAAACCUCCUCGCCCUGGAGCACCUGGCCACCUAAGCAACCUGUCCAGCAUCAGCAGCCCUGCAGACAGCUACAAUGAGGGUGUCAAGCCGUGGAGGCUUCAGCCCCAGGAAAUCAGCCCCCCUCCCACUGCCAACCUUGACCGGUCCAAUGACAAGGUAUAUGAAAAUGUGACAGGCCUAGUGAAGGCUGUCAUCGAGAUGUCCAGCAAAAUCCAGCCAGCUCCUCCAGAAGAGUACGUCCCUAUGGUGAAGGAAGUUGGCCUGGCCCUGCGGACCUUACUAGCCACGGUGGAUGAGACCAUUCCUGCUCUUCCAGCCAGCACUCAUCGAGAGAUCGAGAUGGCACAGAAGCUGCUGAACUCCGACUUAGGCGAGCUCAUCAGCAAGAUGAAGCUGGCGCAGCAGUACGUCAUGACCAGCCUGCAGCAGGAGUAUAAGAAGCAGAUGCUGACAGCUGCUCACGCCCUGGCUGUGGAUGCCAAGAACCUACUUGAUGUUAUUGAUCAAGCAAGACUGAAAAUGCUAGGGCAGACACGGCCACACUGAGCCCCUGGCCAUUGAACGUGGCUUUCUGCCCUUUGGGAGAUCUUCUCUAGCAUUCCACCAGCAGCGAGGAAGUAACCUUAGCCUCUGUAGCCCGUGCUCACGGCUCCAACUGAAUGACAGCUAGCUGAAAGUCUCUCUUGUAUAAGUUUCAUCACUUAUACAUGGUUUUGAUUUUGUUAUUUUUCUAAAUAGUGUUCAGAAAACUCUGGAUCCAAAAUGUGGCAUUUUUCUGAGAAUGAAGAUUAUACAUUAAGAAGCUUUUAAAAUAUACUUGGUGUUCAAAUUGGGAUGUGUGUUCCUAGAAGUGGUAAUUCAUACUGACCAUGACUUCAAGUUGGAAGAGAAAUGUCUGAGGAGGGAGGGUUCCCUGAGACCAUGGAGACUGGUUAUCCUUCCUGCCAGAAUUCCUAUCCAGACUGUGUUGCAAUAUGCUAAUCUCAUUUAUAGAGAAAGUGCAUAAAAGCUAUAUUUUGAAGAAUGAGUGGUUUCAAAAGAAAACUUCUGCCCUCCCUGUCUCCGCCUUCUCUCCUGUGGAUACUGAAGCAUUGGGUUGCGAACUAUCUGUAGAACUGACAAAAACUUGCCUUUCCUCAUCAGAAUUCUGUGCCAGUUUUGUACCAGAGCACUCCCAACUGCAUCAAGAAAUUCCAGGACCAGCCCUGUUCUCCAUUUUUAUAUAAUUUAUAAGAAUAAUUAAAGCCAUGUUGACUCUUACAGCCACUGGAGCUAACUGACCUUCAUUGCGUCUGUCUUCCCAGGGAGGACCCCGCAGGACAAACAGGGAUGUGGUUUUCUUUAGAUGUCCAGUUGGUAUACCAUGCAUUCUGUUAGGUGAUUUUGAGAGCAUACCUUCCCUUUAGUUUGUUGGGGGAUAUAAAUUAUUCUCAGGAAGAAUAUAAUAAAUUGUACAGUUCCUCUGACCUAUUAAAAAGGUGGCGCCGGGAAA